AUGUCUUCCUUGCUUCAUUUUCCUCCGCUUGAUGCUGCAUAUUCUGCUUUUCAUGGAUUCUUUUUGAGCCAACAGCCCGAAGGCAACACACUUGCCAACCUCAACUGGAACACAGACGUGAAGAAAUCUAUUGACAAGUUCCGCAAUCAUGACUGGACAGUCGCAGAGAUGAUGCAUUAUGGCUUUCUCUCUUCUGUCAUCUUCUUCGUGUUCGUCAUAUUUCCAGCUUCGUUCCUAAUAAAGAUACCCAUCUUGGCCGCGUUUGUGAUGUGCUUCCUCAUCCCAGCCACGCUGCAAUUUUUUGUUCACGCGUUGCCUGUGUUUUCCUGGUUGGCUCUUUUCUUCUCUGCAUCUAAAAUUCCUCAUUCCUGGAAGCCUGCUAUCUCUGUCAAGUUCUUGCCUGCUAUGGAGACGAUUUUGUAUGGUGACAAUUUGUCCAAUGUAUUGGCUGCCACCAACAAUUCGUUUCUUGAUGUUUUGGCUUGGCUCCCUUACGGCUUGAUUCAUUUUGCCUCACCAUUUGUUGUAGCAUUCUUGAUCUUUCUCUUUGCUCCUCCAACAUCUCUCCGCUCCUUUGGGUUUGCGUUUGGCUACAUGAAUUUGACUGGUGUGUUAACUCAAUUAUUAUUUCCUGCUGCUGCACCUUGGUAUUUGAACUUGCAUGGGUUAGAGCCUGCAAACUAUGCCAUGAGCGGCUCCCCUGGAGGCUUGGGUAGAAUUGACAAACUCCUUGGUGUUGACAUGUAUACUUCCACCUUCGAGAACUCGCCUUUAGUCUUCGGCGCUUUCCCAUCUUUGCACUCUGGAUGCGCGGUGAUGGAUGUCUUGUUUUUGUGCUGGUUAUUCCCAAAGUACAGAUUAGUUUGGUGGGGAUAUGCCUGUCUUUUAUGGUGGAGCACGAUGUACUUGACUCAUCAUUAUUUUAUUGAUUUAAUUUUUGGAGCUGCGUUGUCAGUGACUUUCUUCGCGUAUGUGAAGUACACACAGUUACCGGUCAUUGAUCAGAAAAAGUUCUGUCGUUGGUCAUACUCAGACAUCCACCAUCUUGACGUUCAAGCAAACGAUCCAUUAAACAGCUUCACGCCACUUGGUGAUGAGGAAUAUGAAUUGGAAUAUUUUGGCAGCUCUCGCAACUCAAACAAUGAUGGCUUGAGCGUUCAAGCUUCCGCUUCCUCAUUGAUGAUGACACCUGAACUAAGCCCAAGUAGACCUGAACUCAUUUUUGACGAAGGCAAUCCUGGGUCAUAUGAUGGUAUUGAAACUGAUCACAGCACAGCCACCUCCGUAUUUGACGGUGUUGACGACAUUCCACACUCCAGUCUGCCAGCCUCCGAAAUUUCAUUAAUCGAGGCUGCAACGGUUCCAUUGGGUUCUUCAACACUCUCUUCCACUAUUUACUCUAAGGACAGAUAA